CUCAGAGGUCACCCAGGGGCGCAGAGGCACCCUGCGGCGUCCGUGGUAGAAGUACGUGGGUACAGGGCCUCUGGCCGUGCGGAGCUUGGAACGAGCGGGGAGCCUGCGAGGCCUGGGUGCCACGGCAGCCGGGACCUGCGCCUGAGAGCGUGCUGCGCCGGGGAGGAAGGACGGGGUCCGGGCUGGGCUUGCGGGAGCCCUUCCCGAGAUGCCACCUGUCUGGGAGCCGGCGACGAGGAGCACUUGGGGAGCUGGUGCUGGGUUACCGUGGUGACGCCUGUGACGUCACACAGGCCCUGCCAGGCUCUCCGCCUUCCUUCUUGACCGCGGAGGACACUCUUGGAGCAAAAUGGGCAUCCCGCCCAGGAGAACUUCUUGAGCUGAUGGAUUCUUACAGAAGCCCAGGCCCUCCAGAGAAGCCGGCUGGCAAAUACAAGGUCAGUCACAAAAGGAACCGCGUGGACUUGGCGGCCGGUGUCUGGGCAGAGUUUUUAGGACCUGGUGACUGUGACCCCGAGGACGCCCCACAUCAUUCUAACUGUCUUCCUGGCAGCAUGGACUGGGAGGUGACUUUGUCCGCACUGAGGCCGCAGAGCCCAGCAUCCUAUUUCCAAGGCUCUCGCCCAUCCAAAACCCCCGGCCUCAUCACCAGAACCACCAGCCGGGCCCCCACAGCCCCAGUGGCCCCAGCAGCCCCCGACGUGGACAUGCGGCCCCAGGGCGAGGCGCAGCUGCCCACAGAGGCAGGAGGGCGGGCCUCGAGGCCAGCUGGGUUGCCAGAGGACUGGAGAAUGGUGGAGGAAGACCGCAGCCCCAGGCCCAGGGCAGCUGACACCCUCCUCGCUGCUGUGGACACCCGCAGACCUACGCUGAGCAGAGCCAGGGCCACCCGGCCGCCAAGACUCGGCAGUGAGAGAGACAGGGGGCCCAAACUCUCACUCUCCAAGAGAAAGCUGGAACUUGUACUUGCAGAGCCUGAGAGGGCCAAGAGGAAGAAGCAGCACACACCCUGACCCCAGGGGCAGAGCAGAGAGCUGCCGCUGCAGCCGGCCAUCCCGCCUCCUCCCCGAGUCCAGCACCCCUGUGUCCCCAGGACCUCGCAGUUCCGAGCCCAAUAAAAGGGACACCUGAGCCGGAAGCCGCUGGUCCAUCCCUGAG